GACAAGUUUGGGAGUUUUACUUUGAAAGCAGCUAGUAAGUUGCAGGCUCUCUAUGAACCCAACCUAGAAAAAUGUCUGUUCAGGCAAUGUGCUAUGAAAGUCAAUUCUUUGAGUUCACACCGCAGACCUGCAUACUCAGGGUGUACAUCACUUUCCAAGACUACUUGUUUGAGAUGGCCUUGGUGGUUGAAAAGGUCAUCAUGAAGAAACUGGAGAGCAUGCAGGGGAACAAAAUAAGCCAUUUCCAGAUUCGAGAGAGCACAGAAAAGUAUCUUAAUUUCAUGAGAGAACGUUUCAACUUCCUAUUCCAAAAGAUGGAAACAUUUCUUUUAAAUCUAGUACUUAGUAUACCCAAGAAUGUUCUCUUGUUGGAAGAUAAAGUCCACUCUCAAUACUCUUACACUAAAGAAGAAUUUGAGCAUCUCCAAACUGAAACAGAAGCUCUUCAAAAGAAAUGCAAAGCGGAAAGCCUGGCAACCCAGAGACUCUUGGCAGAACUGGAGGAACAGAAACAUGUUCAAGCUGAACUGGAGAAGAUAUUAACUUGGUUUAAGGGCCUUGACAAAAUAUGCAGAGAGCAUGGAAACAUCCACUUAAAGGAAAGCUUUGGUUUUAUGACUCAGACAACAAGGAAGCUGCAGGACACCGUAAAAGAAAUAGAUACGAAACAUAAAAAAAUUAAAGUGGGUGGGUCUGCACUGACUCCAAGUUGUCCUCGAAUUAGAAAAAUAAAGUAAGAGAAAUGUGUUUGGGGUUGUAACACUUGUAUAAUUUUAAGCAUUUAAAUACAGCAAUAUUCUAAAACAAAAAUUAUGUAUUUAUCUUUUUUUGUAUAUAUACUCGUGAAAAAUUCAGUAUAAACUAAUUUGGUAAGACAGCUUUUACUUGGUAAAUGUAUUCCAAAUGGGUUAUUAUUCCUAGUAUUUAUGAUAUGCAAGCUAUCCGUUUCAACCAACCAGUUCUACAUGAAAAAAAAUGAUGAAAAGCCUUAUUGCUCCAAUAUAUUACAGCAAUAAGCAGCUGCUGGUUAUGGAUUGUGAUCAUUUAACUGAAAAACAAUUUGCCAAAGACCUUGUCUUACACUGAUCAUGCUUGGUAGAGCAUAUAUAUAAGGAUAGCAAUAGAAUACUGAAUAUAGCAUUUUACUCAUUACAGUGAUUUUGUAUUACAUAAUAAAAAUGAAGCAAGCGAA